AUGACACGCUUCCGCCCCUGCAUCGACCUCCACGCCGGCGAGGUCAAGCAGAUUGUCGGCGGCACGUUGGACAGCACCUCCCAGGCUCUGCAGACGAACUACGUGUCCAAGUACCCGUCGUCCCACUACGCCUCGCUCUACCGGGACAGCAACCUGACGGGUUCGCACGUCAUAAUGUUGGGGCCGGGUAACGACGUGGCCGCCCGCUCGGCCCUGGCCGCCUGGCCCUCCGGCCUCCAGGUGGGCGGCGGCAUCACCGCUGCCAACGCCCGAGAGUGGGUCGAUGCCGGGGCCGACAAGGUCAUCAUCACGUCCUACCUCUUCCCUGACGGCAGGUUCAGCCAGCAGAGGCUCGACGCCGUGCUCGAGUCCCUCGGUGGCGACACGGGUAGGCUGGUCAUCGAUCUGUCCUGCCGGAGAACCGGCGACGACAAGUGGCAUGUCGCUAUGAAUAAGUGGCAGACUCUUACUGAUAUGGAGGUUAACCAAGAAUCAAUCAAGUCUCUCGAGCCUUAUUGCUCCGAGUUUCUCAUCCACGCUGCUGACAAUGAAGGCCUGCAAAAGGGUAUCGACGAGAAGCUAGUAGAGAGGCUGUCGGAAUGGUGCUCUAUACCCGUCACGUAUGCCGGUGGUGGUCGUCACCUCGGCGACCUCGACACCGUCAAGCGCAUCAGCCGCGGAAAGGUCGACCUCACCAUCGGCAGUGCGCUUGACUGCUUUGGUGGCUCGGGUGUCAAGUUUGAUGACUGCGUUGAGUGGAAUAGGCGACAGACGUCAUAA